AUGUGGACAGCCAUCGGCCCGGCCGCGGCCACAGCUGCGCGGCACGCGAGCCGAGCUCUCCCCCUUGCCCGCCUCGUCGUCCGGCCCAAGACCGUCAUCGUCGCCGCCCGCCCCGCCCUGCGCGUCAGCCACCAGCACCACCGCGGCCUCGCCACCGCCGGCGCGCCCAAGAAGAAGACCACGGCGGCGAAGAAGAAGCCCGCCAAGAAGCCUGCGGCCAAGAAGCCCAAGAAGAAGGUCGCCGCCAAGAAGAAGAAGCCGGCCGCGCGCCCGCGCAAGGUGCUUACGCCCGAGGAGAAGGUCAAACUGCAGAUCCGGGAGGCGAGGAAGGCCGCCCUGCUCAAGCAGCCCGCCCGCCUGCCGGACAAUGUCUGGACCGUCUAUGUGUCGCAGAGCACCAAGGGCAGCAAGGUCGGCAACGAGGGCAUUGGCGCUACGUCUGCCGCACUGAGCCGCUCCUUUAAGGACAUCUCCUCGCUCGAGCGCCAGCAACUCCAAGCCACCGCCGAGCAGAACCGCCUGGCCAACCUUGCCGCCUACAAGGCCUGGGUUGAGAGCCAUACCCCCGAGGAGAUCGCUGCAGCCAACAAUGCCCGAAACCGCCUCGCCAAGCUUACCAACAAAUCCCACAGCCGCAUCGCUGACGAGCGCCAGCCCAAGCGGCCCGUCAGCGCCUAUCUCUGUUUCGUCAAGGCCAAAUGGGCUUCCAACGACUACACCGGCACCCCGGCCCCCGAGGUCGCCAAGGCCAUCGCUUCCGAGUGGAAGGGGCUAUCUGGUUCCGAGCGCCAGGGCUACGAACAGGAGGCCAAGGCCGACCUCGCCAGAUACGAGAAUGAGGUCAAGACGGUCCUGAACCGAGAAAUCGCUAGGUCGCCAAGUCCUUGA